UCACAGAAAUAUGUCGGACAUGUCCUCCUGCUUUAUCUCGCUGGAAGCUCCGUUUAGCUCCGUGUUUCUGUGGUUUUUCACACCGAAUUUACGGCGUUAACGCGGCGGAAGCGAAAGAACUAGAACUAUCAUAUUAAAAGUCAACAAUAAGCAGGCAUCAAGAUCAGAGCCUCUUUGUUUCCAAGAUGAAAACGUGCCGACAUCUGACACCAUUCUCCACAGACCCAUCAGUUCACAGCAGAGUCAUCUGAUUUCACCGCUCCUUACCCUUCAGAGUUAUUUAGGCUGCCGGCAGCUCCCACUUCUUGUUUUUAUCAAUGCCUAAAUGGAGAGUUUUCUCCGCUCAGCACAUGCGAUGGUCCAGCUCUCUUACUCAAGCCCUCGCCGUGUUUGUCAUCACGUUCUGCGUCAUCCUGCCUCUAUGCUGCCACAGGCUGCUCUACUCUUACUUCUUCUUCCGGUUCAUGUACCUAAACUCCAUGAGCGAUGAGUCCCUGCAGGAGAGCCUCGGGCGAGGCCAGGAUGCGCUCCGCUUCUGGCAGAACAGCUCCCCACUGGAGGCGACCAAAUUCAGCGACCUUACCCAGAAUCCAGAGCUGCUGGUGACCGUGGUGACGGCCAGGCGGAACGAGGCGCGGGAUUUCCACUACCUGCUGCAGGUGAUGCAGCAGCUGAGCGUCACCGCGGGCAGCUGUGGGGAGCAGCGGUGUGCCGAGGUUCUGGUCUGCGACGUAGAGAGAGGCCCUCAGGACAACCAGGACGCCAAGCUGCUGGAGGCCCACUUCAAGGUGAUACGCAGGUCGACUCAGGAGCAGCAGAGCGACCGAGGACAGAUCAACAUCUUCGAGAGGGAGAAGAGGGAUUACGUGUUCUGUCUUCGACAGGGAUGGGAGCUGGUGAAGCCCAAAAACAUGAUCAUCCUGGAGGAUGAUGCCCUCCCUAGACGGGACUUUUUCAGGGUGGUCAAAGACCUGCUGUCUCGUCGGUUUGCCCUCAACACGCUUUAUAUUAAGCUGUAUCACCCAGAGAGGCUGCAGCGCUACUGGAACCCUGAGCCGUACCGCAUCCUGGAAUGGCUCGGCCUCGGUUUGGUGGGAGCAACAGCCCUCCUCUUCGCAAUCUCUUACUGGAACCCCUGCUCCUUCUCCUUCACUCUGUCCGCCAGCCAUCUCAUCCUCUUCACCCUCUACUUCAUGGCCGCCGCCGAGCUCGUCGGUAGACACUACCUCUUGGAGUUUCGUAGAGUUUCUCCGCAGCUCUACGCCGUCUCCCCGGCCACCGAGUGCUGCACCCCGGCCAUGCUAUUCCCUGGCAACGCCUCGCUAAGAGUGGCGGAUUACCUGGACGCCUCCUUUUGCUACAAAGGGAACGCCAAGGACACGGUUCUUUAUCGGGUGGCCAGGACAACUCCUGGAGAAAGAUCCCACAGUGUGGAGCCUAACCUCAUCACUCACAUCGGGGCCUACUCGUCCGUCAGGCCCAACCCAUCCAGACCCAAACUCCUCUAAGUCAGGAGGGCGUGAGGUAACCAGACCUCACCACAGUUGGGUUUGCCUUUUUUUUCUCUGCCAACUCUGAUUGGAAAUGUUGGGCUUUGUUUGUUAGAGUUUUACACCAGAGUUGCACUUUUAUUUUGAGCUGCCUGCACCAGUUUUUGUCUUUCAGAUCAUUUGAAACCACCAGUUAGUUAGUUUUAGGUGGGAAGUUAAAAAAAGCCCAACCAGAAGCUGCCUGUCUACUGAUGCCUGUGUACCUUUAUCUGCUUUUUCUUUUACAAACAUUGAAGAUGAUUCGUUUUUGAAACAGGUGCUGUUAAUUUCCACUUUAACAUAUAUAUUCUUUUCAUUAUACCCAACCUUUUGGAGUUUGGAGUUGUUUGUCUGCCUCCGGUCGUUUGAUACCCAUAAUGGGUGAGUUCGGUCCCGCCUUGGGACGUUUGGUUCCCCAACGUUGCUUUUAUAUGAAGGGCAGCGAGCCUAAACGGGCAACAGAACCGCAAUAAAUGAUUAGCAGCUGACAAGGUCUAAUUGACCCAUAAGAUUUUUUAAGGAUUUUCCCUUUUUGAUGAGGAAACGAACCAAACAUCACAUCCCGAUGCUGGAAAUCUGCGAAUCUGUUUAUCUAACUCAUGUUCGUCCGACUCCUAACUGUCUUUUUGCCUGCUGUUAAAACUGAAGAUUCAUAUCUCAUUCUUACAAAUUAUCUUUGGUAAAUCAACUUUUUUUUUUUUCAAGAUUAACAUUAAAAGUGUUCCCUUUUGUAGGGGGCAAAGUAAAGUUGAAUAAGGAGCAGCUAUCAGAAGCAGCAGAUGGUUUUAGACUUGAACUGCAUUCAAAAUGCAAGCAUAUCGACAAGAAAUUAAUUUUUAUUUUGGUGUUGGAAAAUAAAGGAGUAUUAAACCAAACGACGUUGCCGCAUUUCGUCGUAUAUUUCUGCAGCGAAAUGAAAAUAUUCCUUAAUUAAAUCUUCCUAAUAAGCUUUAAAAUGCAGAAUGAAUCAUUUCUGCGAUUUUCCAUUUAUUCUGUAGCCUCCGAUUGAAUGUACGCACUGAUAUGAUAUUGCUGCUAAAACUACAGAAAAAAUCUGGUUAAAGUUUCUCUCUUUAUAAUAAAAAGGAGAGAAUUCAGAAACAUCGUUGCUUUCGUGGUGUA